UCGUUUUGCUUCAGUUGCAUCGCGAUUGCGUGCGCAACAGUUGUUUGUGGCAGUCAUUUCACAACAAUCCACUACUUCUAGUGAUAUCCUCUUAUCUCCGGAUACCGUUUGUGACUUAAUUAUAUCUCGAUCUUAUUUGAAAAUUGCAGUUUUUCAGGUUACUGUACCAUUCAGCUCUUUCCAAUCAAAUUUUUUUCUAAAAUAAUCAGAUAUAUAACAGUUUUCUUAAAGUAAACCAAUCGCUAACAUCAAAAUAAGAAACAUGCGUCGUUUCCGUUGGUGAAAUUUUAUGCAAUAAGUGCGUUUUUUUGUACAAAGUAGGUCGCGACAGCUUUUUUCUUUAACACAUACCAACAGUUCAUAUCUAUUCAACCGAUUCCUCAUAAAAUAUAUAUAUAAUUGUUGUUCAUGCAUCAAAAUGAUGACAGAAUAAAUGAUUUUGAUGAAAUUGAAAUUGAUGGAUACCAAAUCCAAUAUGUAUUAUGACACUACGCGAUAAAAAACAUCAAGAGGUGCUGAUACAGGACCACAGUUAAAAAUGCCAUGUUAUGUUGUUUGCUAUAUAUCUCCAACAUGAUUAAUUUAAUUUCGUGGAAAAAAUUCUUUUUUUUUUUUGAAGGGGGAUACCCUCUUGCACCGUUUAUGAGGCUGGUAAAAAUGAGGGACCUGUUUCAAAAAGCAGGACUGGUAAAAAUUGUAUUUUCAGAUGCAUAUUUUGAGGCUUGGCCUGUUUAAGGUGGUAGGCGGCGAGUUAUCAAAAUGCCGUCUAUGCGAAUGUUUGGUCGUAGAUGGUUAAUUGGAACGGAUGAUUUGGUGUUUCCUGGGCUGCUGGAAUUAUUAAUGCGAGGAAUAUGGUUGGCGUUAAUGAGUUGUGCAUUGUAUCGGUAUUAUCAUUGGACGUUCAAUUGUGCCACCGGGGGUUUGUUUGUUCGGAUUUAUUUGAUAGGUAUAGUAGCCAUGCAUGCUAUUAUAAUCUUACUGGUUAUGUUUAUGGUAAAUCGAAGUGCUCAAGGUGCUAUAUAUGAUACAAAAGCUCGAAGGAUCGUGCCGCGGCUCUUAAUGAUGAAAAUUUUUUUACUAAUACCAGAAGUUGUACUUAAUAUAUUUGGCACAAUUUGGACCUACACGAAAUGCAUUCAGUGUGAUAAUGAGCACUUCACUAAUUCAGUUGUUGAACUUGGUGUAUUGUUUAAUUGGAUUGUGCUUGGUGGUCUUAUAUUUGUACUAGCUAUGGUAUUAGAUCCAGUAGGUUCCUUGAAAUUUCAAGAAGGAACCAAUGGAAAUGCAGAUGUUGAUAUGCUUUUACACCGAAAAAUUACCCGUAUAUGGGUACGACGAUUUAGAUGGAUUUUUUGUUGGUUAAUAAGAGAUGAGCAUUCACGCGAAGCAUUUUCACAAGCUGCUAGUAUUAUGAGUUCCAUUUUUAGAAAUACUGAUAUUAUUCCUUCUGAUUUUAUUGCUGGUUUUGUAUUGUUGAGAGUUAAACAAAAACGUGAAUCUAGAGAGCAAAGACGUUUAGCUUUAUUAGCUGAGCAAAGAUAUAAUUGUACUUCUAUCGUGUCUGAAUGUUUUACUCAAAAACCCAGUUGGAUGUGUCUUAAAAAAGCAAGACAUUAUCUCCAAUUAUCCAUUUCAAUUUAUGGUUGGCCAUUUUUAAUUUAUCGUUACUGUAUAACAGGUUUUUUUAAAAUGAUACCAAAGUUCCUGUGUUGUGCUUGUUUUCGAACAAAACCUACUGUUAUUCAAGAAGAUAACUGUUGCUUAUGCAACUUUGCAGCUGUUCGAUAUAUGUCAAAACUCCAUUCAAAAGAUAUAUUGUAUGCUUCAUUUGUGAAUCAUAUUUUUGAAUUACCUUUUUUUGUAGCAUUAGAUCAUGAAACAAGCAGUAUAGUUAUAUCCAUUAGAGGAUCAUUAUCUAUGCGAGACGUCUUUACAGAUUUAACAGCUGUUGUAGAGAAAUUAGAUGUUGAAGGUGUUCCUCCUGACAGCUAUGCACAUAAAGGAAUGUUACACAGUGCAAAAUAUAUAAAAAGUGAAUUAGAAGAUCACAAUAUUAUAGAAAAAGCAUUAAUUAACUUUCCAGAAUACAAUCUAGUAAUUACAGGACAUAGUUUAGGUGCUGGUACUGCAGUACUUUUGGCAUUCUAUAUGCGUCCUAUAUAUCCUAAUCUCAAAGUAUAUGCAUUUGCUACACCAGCUGGAUUACUAAGCCGUGAAGCUGCACGAAUAGCAGAGGAAUUUACACUGUCUGUAGGUGUAGGUGAUGACAUGGUAAUGCAUUUAACUAUUGACAAUGUUGAAGAUCUUCGUACAAAUAUGGUAAAUGUUUUACAAUCAUGUCGUUUGCCAAAGUACCGAGUCUUUCUCAAUGGUUUUGGAUAUGCUCUUUUUGGUGUUCCAUCACGUGAUCUAGAAUCUACCUGGCGACAUAGGACUCCUUCUGGAAUCCGUAAUUCUCCUUUGUUGUCCCAGAAUUCUCCAGUUUUGUCUAUGAUCACACAAAAUGAUGGUUUUCCAAAUGAUAACAUAAGCAAUCACAACCUUGUUCAACCCAUAGCCACUUAUCCAUUUGAACAACCUAUAUACCAUCUAGAAACCAGAAGAUACUCAAAAAUACGUUUGUAUACUCCUGGUCAUAUAUUGCAUAUAACUAAAAAGAAGAAAAGUAAAGAGCAGAAAAGAGCUGAUAAGAAAUCAGGCACUAAUAGUAAUGAAUAUAAUUAUGAAAUGAGAUGGGCAUCUCCAGAAGAUUUUAAAGAACUUAGAGUUAUGCCACGAAUGUUUUUGGAUCAUCUACCAGAAAAUGUUUUAAAAACAAUUGAUUGUGUUCUUAAAGAACAAAAAACUGAAAUUGGAUUUGAUUUAGCUCAAUUAUCUAUAAUUUAAAAGUAUUUAAGUGAUUUUUACCCUCAUAAAGCCAAACUUGAUAAUUUAUACUCAAAGUUAACUACUUGCAAGUAAAUCUAAGAGUUAUGUAUUAUUUUCCGACAAGGCUGUCAAUUUUAGUAUUACAACAACAAAAUUGUUUAAGA